AUGAGCGCUACCACCGCGUCGAUCAGUGCCGAGCAGGUGGCUCGUCAAGCACGCGCUGCGUUUGAAUCGUCGUCGCAACUGCUGUCCACGUCUUCGUCGGCGGAUGCUACGCGCUCGUCGGCGCUGCAAUCGAUCCGAGCCGCACUCGAGGCGCACAAGAAGCGCAUUCAGGAGGCGAACCAACUGGAUAUGCAAGCAGCCAACGCGUUGGUAGAAGAGGGUAAACUUUCGUCGUCGCUGGCGGCACGUCUGGAUCUGUUUAGCAAACCAGGCAAAUGGGAAUCGCUUCUAGACGGUGUAUCAGAGGUAGCGGCUCUGGCAUCGCCGCUCGACCAGGUUCAGUGGGCCAAGAGGCUGGCGCACGAAACGUCGACGCAGGCGGCCAUCGAUCUAUAUCGCAUCACUUGUCCAAUCGGUGUAUUGCUGUGUAUCUUUGAGGCACGCCCCGAGGUCGUGGUCAACAUCGCAUCACUCGCCAUCAAGUCCGGCAAUGCGGCGAUUCUCAAAGGCGGAAAAGAGUCGAAGCACACCGCGGCGAUUCUGUCGUCGAUCAUCUCGUCGGCGCUCGCGCAAGCCGGGCUGCCGAAGCAUCUGAUUCAGACCGUGGAGACACGCUCGGAUAUUCAGAGCCUGCUGCAUUUGGACGAGUAUAUCGAUCUCGUCAUUCCGAGGGGCAGCAACGAGCUGGUCAGGGCAAUUCAGAGGGAUGCGAGGAUGCCGGUGAUGGGGCAUGCGGAUGGGCUGUGUAUUGGAUACGUGCACGAGGAUGCUGAGUUGGACAUGGUGGUAGGUACCGUGGUGGAUAGCAAGACCGAUUACCCAGCAGCGUGUAAUGCGUUGGAGACGCUGUUGGUGCACGAAAGCCUGUUGCACAGAAAAGAUUUCUGGCCUCCACUGGCACAAGCGCUCGUGUCGGCAGGUAUACAGCUUCGACUUGACCAAGUUUCGCUACAGUGUCUGGACCAACUCGAUGCGUCACUGCGCACGUCGUAUGCUUCGCAAAUCAUCGCUGCUCAACCGGCGGAUUUCACCACCGAGUUUCUCGACCUGAUCCUCGCUGUCAAGGCGACCGAUUCACUCGACUCGGCCAUCUCGCACAUCACCACCCACUCGUCCGGUCAUACCGACCUCAUUCUCACCUCGUCCUCAUCGCCCAACCGCGCCGCACACAAGUUUGUCAAAUCCAUCAAUUCCGCAAACGUCUUCGUCAACAUCUCGUCCCGUUUCGCUGACGGCUUCCGCUUCGGUCUCGGCACAGAAGUCGGCAUCAGUACCGGCAAAACCCACGCUAGAGGCCCCGUCGGCCUCGACGGCCUCGUCAUCUACAAGUACGUCGCAAGAUCCAAUCCCAGCACCACCAAGAACGCCGCGCAGACAGCCGCCCAAUUCAACGCCGGUAGAAAGUGGGCUCACUCCCCGAUCGAACCCAACUAUCCCACGUUGUAA